AGGAUAGUAUACGUGUAAGUUUCCUCAGAAGCAGUUUGUUUUUGUUUAAGUAUAACGGACUGUAAUGAUUUAUUUACAAAUGUAUAUAGUACAAAAUAUAUUAGUGUGCAAAACUAUAUACUGAAACAAUAUACAGAAUAAUAUUUAAUAUUUUAUUAAAAGUGGUUUCAUAGUGAUAUGUCUACACCUCAUCUUGAAACAAUGAAUGAAGGCACACGUAAACAAGAUGAAAUAUCACAGUUAAGCAGUGAAAGAAGACCGUAUAAAAUCCCAAAAGUGAGAAAAUAUGAUGAAACCAAAAAAAAACAGGAUGAAGUAUCAUCGGAAAAAAACACUAAAAAAAGAUCGUUUGACACAGAACAAAAUAUUAACAAUACUUCAUCAAAUUUACCUACUAAUGACAAUAAAAGAAGAAAAGUUUCUUCAGAUUCACCAGUAUGCAAUGGCAAUGCAGUGUUAGUUGUAAAACAUUAUAAUUCAAUAUUAAAUGAAGAUGGCUGUAGAAAUAAAAGUCGAAUUUUUUAUAUGAGAAAUUUUAAUAACUGGAUUAAAAGCAUGCUUAUUGAUACUUAUCUUAUAAGUAUAAAAGGUAAGUAUGUACGUCCUAUAAAUGCAUUGGAUAUGUGUUGUGGCAAAGGAGGAGAUCUAUUUAAAUGGAAGCAAGGGUGUAUAACACACUUAAUUUGUACUGAUUUAGCAGAUGUAUCAGUAAAACAUUGUCAAGAUCGAUAUGAAGACAUACGUAACAAAAAUAUCAGGGAAAAUAAAUAUCCUUUAUUUACUGCUGAAUUUAUAACAGCUGACUGUACAAAGGAACAAUUAAGGAAAAAAUUCAAGGAUCCCAGUAUAUCACUUGACAUUGUUAGCUGUCAAUUUGCAUUCCAUUAUUGUUUUGAAUCACUGCAACAAGCAGAAUGUAUGAUGAAAAAUGCAAGUGAAUGUUUAAAACAAGAAGGUUAUUUCAUUGGGACUAUUCCAAAUGCAUAUGAAUUAGUUGUUUCUUUUGAAAUUCUUAAUGGUAACAGUUUUGGAAAUGAUAUCUAUAAUGUAGAAUUUUUUUGUGAUAAAACCAAUCCACCACUUUUUGGUGCUAAAUACCAUUUUCAACUAGAAGGUGUUGUUAAUUGUCCAGAAUUUCUUGUUUAUUUUCCAGUAUUUAAAAAACUAGCUUCAAAAUUUGGUCUGGAGUUGGUAAUGUUUGAAAGAUUUGAUAAAUUUUAUGAAGACAAUGAGGUUCGAGGUCGAGAUUUGCUACAUAAAAUAGGUGCUUUUGAAUGUUAUCCUCCCCGCAAUGGAGUAUCACUUGAUAAAUCUGAAAAAGAUUAUGAACAUGCUAAGAAACAUAAAGAAGGUCGUCAAAGCAGUUCUGACAUUGGUACUUUAUCCCAAUCAGAGUGGGAAGUUGCUUCAUUAUAUUCUGUAUUUGUCUUCCAGAAAAAGAAAACUAAAUGGAAUAAUGAAGGAAAACCAGAAUAUGUAUAA